AUUGUGCAAGGAAGAUUCGCGUGCCGAGUACCGACUAUUCCGUUUCGCAGUGGAAGAAUACAAACGUGAGUUUCUAACUAUUUGCGAUUGCUCUGUUCCCGAGGGCGAGGAUUUUUUCCUUUUGUUUCCUCCCACGUCUUUGGAAUAUUAUCAGCAUCAGACAUCAGCGUAUCACGCGGGUCAAAUAGUCAAAGGUUAAAGAAAGUUCAAGUUUCGAUCUGUUUGUUAAUACGAUGUUGUGCUCAUCGCAUGACCUUGGACUUCACUUCACUUCUAUUAGAUUGUCUCGCCACGUUAGGUUAUACAGUAAUAAUGGAAGCUGUAAAUUUUGUCAUAAGCUCGUGCGUGGUGAUCGAUUAUGUUUUGUUGCCAUCAGUUUUUCGCCACGUGGUUUGAGGCAGGAUACUUCAGCUCUGCUUUCCAGAUUACAUGUUCCACUUAGGCAUGUAUCUUUGAGAUGUAAUGCUUUGCCGUGUCGGUGUUCCUUAAUGCCACCGGCUGGAGGGUGUGAGGCCCCACUUGUGAAAGUGGCUGCUGUUUCUUUGUCAAGGUCAUAUAAUGCCAUAGCAGGAAAACCAAGUGUGAUUCAAUUGAUCCCUGCCCUUGGUAUCAUUGGCUUUGCUGUUUUUGGUCUUGAGCCACUCCUGCGUCUGAGCAGGAAUUUGUUUCUCCAAGAAAGAACUGAUAAAAGUUGGAAGAAAAGUAGUUCACAUUAUAUUUUGACUUCUUAUCUUCAACCUUUGCUGUUGUGGACUGGGGUAAUGCUUAUCUGCAGGGAUUUAGAUCCACUAGUCCUACCAUCAGAAACCAUUCAGGCUAUGAAGCAACGGCUUCUAAGUUUUCUAAGAUCUUUGUCAACGGUGCUUACAUUUGCUUACUGUUCUUCAAGCUUAAUUCGACAAGCACAAAAAUUUUGCAUGGAGAGUAAUGACUCCAGUGAUGGAAGAAACAUGGGCAUUGAUUUUACUGGGAAAGCUAUAUAUACUGCAAUAUGGGUUGCUGCUGUGUUGUUGUUCAUGGAGUUGUUGGGUUUCUCCACACAGAAGUGGUUGACUGCUGGUGGUUUGGGCACAGUAUUGCUUUCCCUUUCUGGUCGUGAGAUAUUUACGAACUUCCUGUCAAGUGUAAUGAUUCAUGCAACUCGGCCAUUUGUUGUAAAUGAGCGGAUUCAAACAAAAAUUAAAGGAUAUGAGGUUAACGGUAAAGUUGAGCAUGUAGGCUGGUGGUCACCAACAAUAGUUAGAGGUUCCGAUUGUGAAGCAGUUCAUAUUCCUAAUCACAAAUUGAGUGUAAAUGUUGUGAGGAAUCUUAGUAAGAAAUCUCAUUGGCGUAUCAAGACUCACCUUGCUAUAAGUCACAUGGAUGUUAACAAGAUUAAUAGUAUUAUAGCUGAUAUGCGCAAGGUUUUGGCCAAAAAUCCUCAAGUAGAGCAGAGAAAGUUGCACAGACGGGUUUUUCUAGAGAAUAUUGAUCCAGAAAAUCAGGCUCUUAUGAUAUUAGUAUCUUGCUUUGUUAAAACUUCACGUUCUGAAGAGUACCUCCGUGUAAAGGAGGCAAUUCUCUUGGAUCUUCUCAGAGUUAUCAGUCAUCAUGGAGCUCGGCUAGCCACACCCAUCCGCACAGUUCAGAAGAUGUGCAGUGAUUCUGAUUUAGAUAUUUAUCCAUUUGAUGACACUAUUCCCACUCGUUCUAGAUCAAAGAAAAACCAUAAUUUUCCACUGAUAGAUCCACCUUAUAUAGUUAAGCCUUCAACUAUUACAAAUGAGGACAAAGAUGACUGGAUCGAUGAAACCUUGGCAUCUGACUUCAAAGUAGAACGUGGCAAAUUUUCUGCAAAAUCCAGCCCGACGUCAAUAUCUCAAGCCAAAAUCCAGAAUAUGAAUUUUGAUAUUUCAGUCCAGAAGACCUCCAAAUCCAAAAAGCCCAAAAAGGAAAGGGCAGGAAGUGCAGGAAAGGGACCAACAUCCAAAAUUUUGUUAACAUCCAAUGAGUUUGGUUCUGGCGAGACUACUUCGCCAUCAAAACAAGAUGAAGAGAAUUCUGCAAUGUCAUCAUCAUCAGUUAGUCGUUCGUUGGAAGAGAAUAUUGUUCUUGAUGCUGCACUACUUGGCUCAAAGAGAACUCUUGCAAUUGAUGAAGAAUUGAUUCAAUCUAUUCCUGCAGAAUCACAAGAAGUUGCAGUCCAUCAGAAUGGGAGUGAACCUCCUAUUAACAAGGAUAAGAAGGAUGGUGAGAUGUCUUCAUUUCCAACAGCUAAACAUAUGGAUUAGGUGGAUGACAGAGUAUAUGUUGAUGUUUAAAUAGAGUAGAUUAGAUGUUUUUUUGUUGAAGUUACACAAAUGAUCUAGCUGUCUUUUUUUAAGCUGGGCAUUGUAUCAUCCAUAUGUACAUUAGUAGGAAUGGAUUUAUAUUACAAAUCAUGUCCAAAUCUUAUGUCAAUCUCUAUCCUAUUUUAAAUAUUAGGUAUGCCGUA